AUGUAUAGAGAUUUCUCGGAUAAACUAUUAGGAAGAUAGGAAUCAACUUUAAGUUUUCAUGCUCCAUUAACAUAAGAAGGAAUGAGACCAUAAAUUUUACAGAAAGUUAAUUAGAAUCUGAUCUUUGUGAUCUAUGUAGUAAGUUAAAUAUUUCAAUUAAUGAUUGGAUAUUCACUAGUAUAAUAAAUAGAUAUUAUUACAAUUGCUACUUAACGAUGCAUUAUUACAAUUAUAUUGACAUUGCUUUACAUUUAAUUUUUUGAUAAUUCCUAAUUUUCUUUCGAUCAAAGUUAUAUAAAAGUAUUUAGUGUUAUGAGUGGAGCUUAAGUGUUAGCAUCUAUAAUGGGAUUAUUUGCUAUGAAAGUUUUCGUAUUUUCAGAAGUAUGCGCAUUCCAUCAAUUAACUGCAGGAUAUGUUCUAGUUUUACAACAUUUUUUGAUUCAACCAGGUAAUAAUAUAAAUUUAUUGCUAUCACUUAUUCAAACUAUUUCAACAAUUUUAUUUAGUGGAAAUAUUUUGUAUAUUCUAAUAUGUCUUUUAUAACCAUUAAGUUUAGCUUUAAUAUAGACUCUCAAAUAUUUGAUGACUAAAUAAAUGUAAUAGUUUUCUUUACUAUUAUACACUAAUCUAAUAGGAUUACCAAUCUACAUUUUAUUAAGUUUAUUUAGUGGAGGCGUGUAGAAUGUUUUUGAUAUGACAUUUUUUAUGUAAUAUUAUUUACUUAUUGAUCUAGUGAAAUUUUAAUUAUGUGUAUUCUUUAAAUGCUUGCUUAUUUAGGAAUGAAUGAAUUGAUUAAUUAAUAGUUGUCCUCUAUGUAUGUUUGGGCAUUAUCUGGUUGUGUAACUAUACUCUCCUUAAUUGUGUAAUUGGGAUAUCAUUAAGUACCUUUAGGAUUUGGAUCAUUAUCAGUUAUUUUAAUUGUCUUUACAUCCAUAGGCAUGCAUAGAUAGUCUUGA